AUGUUAGAUGCAGAGCUUUGGUUCUUUAUCGUCAAGCGUAUUGCCGAAGCAGGAGACGUAUGGGAAUACAUUGAUCCCAACAAACCAUCUAAUCCUCUGCAAAAGCCUGUUCAGCCUACUAGGCCAGCGCCUAUCACCAAUGUCGACGGAUCACCUGCAACUCUACCAUCUUAG